CGCUUCUAGCAUAUUCUUCCGGAAAUUUCUGGAGAUCUCGACCAUCUCCCACAAGCCGAACGCAAUCUGCUCGUUCGUUCCUCGCUUCUGGGACUACGGAACUCGGAAUUGAGGCAUCCUGCGCAACUUGAUACAAGUUUCAAUCAAGAGAUUCAAGAUACAGGCAUCGAAUUACCAUUACCAAUGAAAGGAGCCGCAAGGUUUGUGGUGGAAAAUGCAACCAGGCAAAUCAAACCUGUCAAUGGACUUCCGAGGUUGAUGACAAUUACUACUCCUCAGAAGCAUGGCAAGGAAAAUAAUUCCAAUGAUUCAGUGCUCACAGAGGAUGAAAACAUCGAGCCACUUGUUGCUUUUAGCAGGCCACCUCCUUUGCCACCAGUUCUUGGCCCCUUGAUCAUGCUCUCACUUUUCAAUAUGUCAAGCGGCGGGGAUGAAAACAAAAAUUAAGCCGGAAUCUGAAUGAAAUAUGUGGUUUAUCUCCGACCGCAUACCGUCUCCAGAGGUGUUGUACAUACUAAGUUGUAGCAAUCAACUACUAGAAAAACAUGAUGUAGCAUAAGCUAUGCACUGUUUACUGCUGUAGACUUGUAUGGACCAAGUAAGCUGCUGUCAAAACUCUGUUGCUAAUGUUUCAGUAGCGAAUUGACAACUUUCCAGGCUGCUGAAAUUUGUUCAGUUGUGCUGAUGUUUCAAUUGCUUUAUUUUCUGUGUUAGCUGUUCACUUUA